CAAAGACGUAAGGGUAGCGUAGGCCAUGCGACGGCGCCAUGGCCGGUCCCACGAAGGUAGGUCGUGGUCAAGGGGAGAGGGUUUAUCGUCUCACGUUUUCCUUUUCUCCUUCUGAUUAUAUUCUGCUCGUACGGUUUAUUAAGACAUUUCUGCAACCCAUUAAGACAUUUCUGCAACCCUCCCCUCCCCCUACAUAAGCGAGUUGAGCACGUUUUGGAGCGCAAUCUUGCUCACACAGCAGCUUUAUAAGGAACGGCGGACUCUGGAAAGUUGGUGGUUACUGGACUAGACCGAUCAAAGACUCGAGCUCGAAUACCUCAUACGAAUCAGCAAAGUCGCAGCAGGAAUCGACGGACCGAAUCUUCCUCCAAUUCAACCCACAGCGGAAAUCAGCGACAAUGGCGGACAACCCCUUCGCGACUGGCACCCCCACCUCCUCCUCCUCCGGCGACAUGUCCGGCAUGGACAUGUCCCACGGCUCCUCCUCCACCAUGUCGAUGGUCAUGACCUUCCAAAACGACCCCUCCACGCCCCUCUUCAGCACCGCAUGGACCCCCACAGGCACCGGCUCCUACGCGGGGACCUGCAUCUUCCUCAUCAUCCUCGCUGUCCUCUUCCGGAUCCUAUUAGCCCUCAAGGCGCGCCAAGAAGCUCGCUGGCUCGAUGCUGAGAUGCACCGCCGCUAUGUCGCGGUUGCGGGGAAGCCGGGUCUGAAGGAGACGGUUGCGCUGCAUAAGGAUGCGAAGGCCGUGGUGCUGAGUGAGAAUGGGGUGGAGGAGGAGGUUGUGGUUGUGCAGCGGAAGGGAGAGAUGACGAGACCGUGGAGGGUGAGCGUUGAUCCGUUGAGGGCGGUGGUGGAUACGGUUAUUGCGGGCGUGGGAUACUUACUAAUGUUGGCGGUUAUGACCAUGAACGUGGGAUAUUUCCUCUCCGUCCUCGCCGGCGUAUUCCUGGGUAGCUUAGCGAUAGGGCGGUACACCACGAACUACGAGGGCCAUUGAGUGAAGGCUGAAAACGGGCUGCUUGGGCGUUAGGAUACAGACAUUCGGGUCGGCGUUAAUGGGAUAACCUACCUGCAUGCCACACACGGCCUGGCUAGGCUAUGGCAUGUAUGGGUUGUUAUACGAGAUAUGAUAUACGAAUACCACCUGUAGCGGAUAGAAAUCCAUUAAUAUAUAUUCCACUUUUACAUCCAUCAGCAAGAAUUUGGUG